AGAAGGAAAAACUCAUAUCAACGGUUCUCUGAUUAAUCGUGAUCUUCAAGUUAAAAGAUGGCGUCUUCACAAUCACUGGCAUCUGGCCUCACUGAGGAUAGAUAUGAGUCUGCGGCUGAAUCUUUGAACGAGAGCCAAAGAUAUUCUGCGAAUUACGAUGCCGAAGAUCCUGCAAUUUCAAAUACCACUGCAGAACAAGAGGAUCCAUCUCAAGAGGAAGUGGAUCAGUAUGUAAACGACACAGCCUCACAGCAAAACACUCUCCAUAAAGAAGAAUUCAAUGAUGACUAUGAAGCUGAAUUGGACAGACAGAUAAGCAGGGUGGCCACGAACUUGUCACGUUUUUCGAGCAGAGUGUUACACCGCAAUCAAGAAGAAUCUACUAGCGCAGAAAAAAGCACUGAAGAGGACGAAGGCUACGAUCCUCGUACCAUGUCUUGGGAUGGGCCUGAUGAUCCAGAAAAUCCUUUCAACUGGCCAAGCUGGAAAAAAUGGGCAGUCACUAUGACCAUCGCGUUUUUGUGUCUUGUGAUCACACUUGGAUCCUCCAUCUAUGUGGACGCUGUGCCAGAAAUGAUGGCCAAAUGGGGCAUUUCUCAAACGCUGGGUCUCGCCGGUUUGACGUUUUAUUUGGUCGGCUUGGCCUUUGGUCCAGCUAUAGCCGCGCCAUUGUCCGAGGUGUUUGGUCGUAAGAUCAUUUACUGUUCUACUCUUCCAAUCAGCAUGCUUUUCAUCAUGGGUGUCGGUCUUUCCAAAAACAUUGGCCAGGUUUUGGUUCUCCGGUUCUUCGCUGGUUUCACUGCCUCUGCUGCUCUCGCAAUUGGUGGAGGUACCGUCACAGAUAUUUGGAAACCCCACGAACUUGGAAUUGCUAUGACAUUGUUCUGUAUGGCUCCAUUGUGCGGUCCAGUGGUCGGUCCUAUUAUUGGUGGCUUUGUUGCUGAGAACAAAGUUUCUACUGCUAUGAACAAGAUUGGUGGCCUCAGAUGGACAAUGUGGGUCGAUCUGUUUUUCGCUGCUGCAGUUUUCAUUCCCCUCUUCCUGGCUCCAGAAACAUAUAGGCCUAUCAUCAUGAGAAGGAGAAUUAAGAAGAGAAACCUCAAGCUCAAGAAGACAAUGCCGCUUGCCCAAUUCCUCCUGAUCUUAAUUUUCAUCACAUUGCUGAAACCAAUGGAAAUGCUGAUAGUGGAGCCAAUUGUGCUGGUGUUUUCCGUCUACACUGCUUUCAUUUUCGCUGUGCUUUUCGGCUUCUUCGAAGCUUUCCCAGUCAUUUUCAGAGGACAGUACGGCAUGUCGCUUGGAAUAUCUGGUCUCCCAUUCUUAGGGGUUGGUCUUGGCAUUCUUAUUGGUGCCGCCACUUAUGUUUACAUUGACAAAAGGAUUUUCUUCAGACGUUACCCAGAUGGUUACAUCGGCCUCAGAGACAAAAACGGCAACAAUCUGCCACCAUCGCCAGAAUCUAGACUUCUGCCAUGUAAAUUGGGAGCAGUGUCAAUGCCUCCAGCUUUGUUCUGGCUCGCAUGGACGGGAAGGCACUCUGUUCACUGGAUGGCUCCAAUUGCUGCCGGUGUGCCAUUUGGAUUUUCCCUGAUUUUAAUUUUUUUCUCGAUCCUGACCUAUUUCAGCAUGUCAUACCCUCCACUUUCUGUCGCAUCGGCCUUGGCUGCCAACAAUUUCCUGAGAUAUAUCGUGUCAUCGGUUUUCCCAUUGUUCACUGUCCAGAUGAUGGAAAACUUGCACAUUUACUGGGGUGUCUCUGUUUUUGCAUUCAUCGCGCUUGCCUUGGCCCCAGUUCCAUGGUUGUUCACCAAGUGGGGUCCUCCUCUUAGAGAAAAGUCUAAAUAUGGAUUCGCUACCGAGAAGAAAGAGAAAGAAGCAACUGCCGCAAAGGAAACUGAAGUUUAGAUAUAAAACUUUCUAAUAUCCA